AUGGCAGCUGUCUUCAUCAAAGCCAACAAGGAUGAGGCUAACAGCCGUGGGGGUGAGAGGCUUGGGACGGCGCGGCUUCUCCUGGGCCGGCCCCUCUCCACCGCCCAGGAAGCGGGGAAGGAGUGCGGGCCCCCACCCCAUCUAAGAAUGUCUGGUCCCCAGUCAUUGAACAACUUCUGUUGUCGGGCCUCGUGCCGGGCACAGGGGACCUCGGUCGGCACUCAAGUUCCUUCCCCUGUAGUAGAGAAGGAAGACCACAUAGGCGGUGCCAAUACAGAAUGCCAAGUGUCACACGGUCAGCACACCAGUUUCUUCCUGACCAAAGAGCAGAGCCACGCCCAGAUGAAUGAAUUUUCCUGUAAGGAUGUUGCCAGUGCCUUGUCUGUGGCCAACAUGAUCCUGGGGCUCUUCUCCAUCUUCUGCAGUUUCCGCAAGAAGUCCCCCUGUGCCUCCUGGAUGCUUUUGGUCAGCUUUCUAUUAGACAUGGCUAUCGGGGCAAUGACCAGACACCUCAACAGCUGCUCCACAUCAGGAGCCAAGCUGAAUGACUUUGCUGUCUUCACCACCUUUGGCCUGGCCUCAGCCCUGCUUCUAGGCAUGGAUGGGCCUCUGAACGGCUUCCUGGCCAUCAUCUAUGUGUUGGCUAUUUCAGUCCGCCUCUGUUUCUAUUCAGCUGGUGUUCCCUUCACAUACAAGGGUCUACCCUGCCCCUAUGCUUCCUGUGUUUUGGCCUCCACCUCCCUCCUGACCAAAGGCAACACAUUCAUUCUCUCUUGCAUGGCCUCACUCAUGAUUCUAUUCAUGAUGGACCAGAGCUACUACCCACAUGACGAAAUCCUGGAGUCUGAGAACUGGAAAAAAAUGGUCUAUCUGGGAGGUGUCAUCAUGGUGUUUUUGUCUCCAUUGUCGCUAACUGCUUUUUACUGCCUGAUGUGGUCACUCUCCUACAUCUUCUUUCCAGAUGCUCUGUGGCACAAGGCAGCAUGUCUUAAGCUGCAGGACCGAAGACACUAA